GUAAAUUAAAGAAUUCGUGACCCAGAAUUUUGACAGGUUCCGUAAAUCUAGCAUUAAUAGUAAUAAUUCAUUGACGAGUUAAAAUCGUUUGACACGUAAAGUAGUUAUGAAUCAUAGGUGAUGCAAUGUUUAAUGUCUAUGGAACUAAUGGAACUAAUGGAACUAAACAAUCAAUACGGUUACAAUGUUUAUUUGCAUUUAUAAAAAUCCUGUUCAAGCAGUUGAAUUGAUCGAAUAAUGUUCUGUGCUGCUUCUCUUGUAAAAGAAGACUGUGUCUUGAUUGUCUUAGAGGCAAAUAGGGUUAUUUUGAAACGUGGUUAGUCAGCAGAAGCGAUAAAUUCGUUAAAAAUUCUAGAAGGAAACGCAAAUGAAGAACAAUACAUUGAAGCGACAUUGAAGAAACUGUAUAUGUAUAUUCAUGUGAGCAGAUAUCGAAAGGUAAUUGUGAUCAUAAUAAGGCAUAUUUGAUGUCCCAGUUUGAUAGAACAGAUACGCAAAAAUUGAUGUUGCAUGGCUUCAAUUUUGUAGCACUGAUUUCUGUAAUAUGGACGCCAUAUGGUGGAACAAUCGUCUAAUCGUGAUCGAACUAAUGCACAAUACGGUAUUGGAAGAAUAUUUACGUUGCUGAAAUAUCUAGAUGCUCUACAGAUAAAUCAUAAAGUAUGCAAAGCUUUAUUGGUUACAUUAUGAAUGUGACUGGAGAAAGAUAAAUCAUAGAAAGGAAUUACUCCCAAGUAACGAAUUUCCAGCAGUGAUCCCAAAAAAUUGAUCCAUUAAUCGUAUAAUCGUAUAUCAAAUUAUUCUUUCGACGAGAAAAGUGAAUGAUAAAGCAUUAAUAUAUACAGAGUGCUCCCACGUUAAAUAAACCAAACUUUGGAUCUGAAUCUAGUAUGGUAAAAGAAAUUUCUCCUCUGCAAAAGUACGAGCAUUUAUUAUUACUAUAGUUGUAGUAUCUGAAAUAAUUCAGGUUUACCGGGAAAAUUACAAAAGAAAAUUGUUCUAUUUACAGCAAAAAUAAUGAUAAAAAUAAUCGUAAUUAUGUCAUACGUUAUAGCUAAACAUCACGCCUAUAAAUAACAGAAGGAGGAAAAAUUUGUUUGUUUUAGAGAGAGAGUCCCUUUGUGUCUAAAGUUUGGCGAUUUAACCCGGGAACACUCUGUACAUUCGUAGCAAGCCUAUCACGUUGACAACAUAAAGUGACUUUAUCAAGUUCGCCUUGUAUUGAAUACUGGAAUAUUGGAUAACAACAAACAAAUAAAUAAAUAUCGACUUGCGUCAUUCGGCGUCGACGAUAUGGAUCGAGCGUCGAAGCGUACCUGAUUGGAACACCGCCUUGAGCAAGUUUGGAAUCUCCGCUGUGGAGAUCGCGUUGGUAAGAUCGUCGGGAAUGCUGAGCGCGGUGCAACUCGUCGGCGACCCGUUCGGGCCGUACGCGAUCACGAUCGCGAACGCGAACGCGGUGAUCGUCCAGGAAGGCUUCAUCGCAAUCUUUCGGUUCCAGUUCCGAAGCAGAACGAGCGAACGAGCAAACAAACGAAGCGAAUCGCGCGUGACUCGGUUUCGCCGAUCGUUGGAAGCUUGUCUUGGUCUUACCGAUCGACACCGCUGUUUUUCUACCCUUUUCCACCACCGCGAUAUCGCGCGGCGGACGGGAUAGGACACGAUAACGCAUAACACGGUACGACACGACACGGAACGAUACGACGAAAACGACGACUCGCGUGGCUCGUCCUAUCUGCGCUUUUGCCGUUAUCGAUGCUAAUUUUCCGACCGCGCUCGCGUUCGCGUUCCGUUUCGUUUCGCGUUCGCGCCCGAUGACCGCUCGAUUCGACCGAAUACUUGCCCCAAAAUCGAGGGGAGCCCCUCGUCGCGAUCCGCUCCCCCGUAGUUUUCCCGUGCCGCGGACGCGCGCGUUCCGCCGCCGCCGUGCGCGGCCUCAACCCGGUUUCUGUAAUUUUCCCAGCCCGAUCCGACGUACGGCCGACCAGACUGUGCCAUUUUUCCGAAAAUUUACGAUCAUCGCGUUGCGCGUCACGGAUAACAACAACGUUUUGCUAACUGGCAAUUGAAACAACCGCGGCCGAUAGCGACGGUCCUUGAACGACUCGAGCCGCUCAAGGAAUCGAACGCGGAAUAUUCCCGCGGCCGACGCGUUCGUCCACGGCGAAACCCCGACUACGCUCGAUCGAAUCGAAUUGGAGCGAAGCGAAAAAGUAAACCGUGCUCUCCACCGAUCGGCGAGAUGAAUUAUUCGCGUGGGAACCGCGCGCCGGGUCCACGCCGAUUUAGGAGGGUGAACGAUGUUUGCUCGGCUCGGCAAAUAUAGGAAGAGACUUCGAUGCGCCACGAAGCGAUCGAGAACGGGUCGGGAUUCGUUUCGCGGGAAAUCAGCUACGCGAAUCGUCCGAGCGAUCGCCAGCGAUUGCUCGUCGUUAGUCCGCGAGCGGCGAUCGAUUUCGCGCUAGAACGUUUGUUGUGUUUUCGUCGAUUCCAAUCGGACUAGGCAACUAUCGGGGCGGGGUAACAAAGAUUUUCCGCGCGCGUUUCAUCAGAAAUUCUCGGCACCGUGUCGCGAGUCAGUUCUACGUGUAUCGCGAACGCGAACACGAUUCCACGAGAGAGAAAUGUCGCGGCAACGGCAACGGAGAUCCUCGUCGAGACUCGCCGGACCGAGAAUCAGCACCAAGGCGUGGCUGUUGCUCGUGCUUUGCGCCUCGGAGAGGGCUGUCUGUCUCGAGCCGAUCGAAGCGGAACCCGUUCUAAUCAGGCCGCUUCCGGUCUACCAAAACUUGAUCAGGGGCGUUCACGACUACUUCAACAAUACCUGCAUCAUACUCUUCCACGACUCGCCGAACCCGAUCGAGACGAAAGCUUUGCAGGAUAUCGACGGCUUGCUGUCCCUGCAAAAGUACUUCAGCGGAAAUCUGAGCAUACGAACCGCCAUCAUGGAUUUCCACACGUUCGAGAGCCGAUUGUCGGGCACCUACAAUUCCAUCAAGAGGCCGUUGUUCGUUCUGCUGAACGAUCUGGAGGAACUCAGGGUGGAAUUCUCCCGGGUUUCCAAAUGGAUCACGAUGGCCUAUCCCACGUGGCUGCUGUUCCUGAGAAACGACACCAGAUUCGAGGAUUUCCUGUCGGAGGUUCACGUGCCGUUCGACUGCAUCUUCAUGGUCGUCCAGCCGGACGAUCGGGGUGACGGUGAGGUGAUCAGAGACGUGUACCGCAUCGGCAGGGAGGAGGACUUGAGGUGGAUGAAGUUCGGCGAGUGGAACCAGGACCGUGGUUUUCGGGGACCCAUGAUGGGCCUCUAUCAACGCAGGCACGAUCUCUACGGGCGUAACAUCAGGGUGGUCACUGUACAGGAUCCUCCGGUCUCGCGCGUACUUCGGGGCAAAGCGAAUCAGGUGGUCGAUAUCGCGGGUUUCUUCGGCGAAGUUAUCAAGCUGCUGCAAGAGGGGAUGAACUGCACGUUCAGUUACAUGGAGGCGGGAUCGUGGGGUGUGCGUCUACCGAACGGCACGUGGACAGGUUCCAUCAGGAUGCUGAUAGAGGACCAAGCGGACCUCGCUGCCACCGAGUUGAUGAUGACCUCCGACAGGCUGGACGCCGUGGAGUUCACCACUCCCGUCUAUUCGACCAAAUGCCGCGUUUACAUGAAGAGGCCGGACACAACGGCGGUCAAGUGGAACGCGUACUUGGCGCCGUUCUCUUUCAACACGUGGAACGCGAUCGCGCUAACGAUCGCGGUCGUAGGGCUCUCCAUCGCCACGAUCGACGCGUUCUCGUUCAGAAUCGAUCGACACCCUGACUCAUUGUCGCCGGAGGAGACGGCGAUGCAGCACCCUAUGCUAUCCGAGGUGAUAUUCUUCGUGUUCGGCGUGUUCUGCGGCCAAGGCAUGGAACCGUCGCAGCUAGAUCCGAUCCGACUGGUGCAUCUGAGCGUGCACUUGGCGGCGGUGGUCGUGCUCGCGGCUUAUUCGGCCGCGUUGAUCAGCUUCCUCGCCGUGAAGACGUUCGUGAUGCCGUUCACCACGAUGGAGGGCAUGCUGGCCGACGGUAGCUACCGCUUCGCGGUGAUCGGCGAUUCGGCCGACUACAGUUUCUUUCAGAAUACCACCGAUCGGGUGCUCGGGAUCAUGUUCGACGAGCUGUUAGCCAGCGAGACCGAUCUGCCGGUGAACUAUCGGGACGGGCUGGAACGUGUCUGUCGCGAGGACAAGUACGCGUUCAUGACUCUGGACAACAUGGCAUACGUGCUCCAAGGCGUCGUCGACUGCACGCUGGAGCCCCUCGACACCAUGGUGCAGACGACCGUGGCUAUGGCGGUGCCGGAGCACAGCCCUUAUCGCGGCAUCAUCGAUACCAAUCUUUUGGUGUUGCGCGACAGCGGAAUCCUUCAAAGGCUACUAAAGACCGAGUGGGCCGUCCACUCGAACAGGCUCGAAAGCGGAUGGUCCUCAGUCGAACUGGAGGACGCGAUGCCGUUGCUCAUCUUUCUAGCCCUCGCGUUUCUCGUCACCUGGAUGGCGUUGCUUGUCGAAAGAUUGAUCGCCUCGCGGCGAAGCGACGCGAUCCCCGGGAAGAUCCGCCGCGCUCCUGUCGAGCCGAACACGAAUCCCGCGAUCGUUCCUGUUCGGCACCCUGCCCGUGUGCGAGGCUCGCGAGUGUCGCUAGUGUCACGAACGUCGCGAGGCUUCGCGCGACGAUCAGUCAAGACGAACGGUCGCACUGUCGUUCUAACGUAAACACGCUAAAUGUUGUUAC